UGUCAGGCCCUGCGGUUUUGAAAUGUGUCUAGAUUAGUGUCCCCUCAUCUGUGGGACUGGCCACCAACCUCGGCCUGUCCGUUCUCUGACUCACCCCACUAUAAGCCAAAUAACUGGAAUUGUACACCACCCCUUACGAUCUUUCCCCUGCUCUGGUGGUUGCUGGGAAAUCCCUACCGUAAUAAGACAAGCAGAAGGCUCCCAGAGGGUCACCAGGCAGGAGCCCAGACUUGGAACUUGCUUCUUGGAGGCGCAGUCAGCAUUCCUGAUACCAGUGUAGGACAGCCACCUCUUCCAGGGUCCUGUUUGUUUGGGGAUAGCCAUGGCUCCAAAACGCAAGUCUUCAGUGCAAACUGAGGGCUCCAAGAAGAGUCGGGAGGGGACAGGAGAGGAGAACAGUUUCCGAUCCACCGCCGAGGCUCUCAGAGCAGCCCCUGCAGGUCAGCGCAUCAUCCGUGUGGACCCCGUAUGUCCACUCAGCCGCAACCCCAGAACUCAGGUCCACGAGGACUAUGACUGUACCUUGAACCAGACCAACAUCGGCAACAACAAUAAUAAGUUCUACAUCAUCCAGCUGCUGGAGGAGGACGGCCACUUCUUCUGCUGGAAUCGCUGGGGCCGGGUGGGAGAGGAGGGCCAGGCCAAGAUGAAUCCCUUCACCUGCCUGGAAGAAGCAAAGAAGGACUUUGAGAAGAAAUUUCGGGAGAAGACGAAAAACAAAUGGGAGGAGCGGGGCCACUUUGUGGCUCAUCCCAACAAGUACACGCUGAUCGAAGUGCAGGGAGAAGCUGAGACCCAAGAGGCCGCAGUGAAGGUGGACGGAGGCCCAGUGAGGACUGUGGUUAAGCCCUGCUCGCUAGACCCUGCCACUCAGAAGCUCAUCACCAACAUCUUCAGCAAAGAGAUGUUCAAGAACGCGAUGACCCUCAUGAACCUGGAUGUGAAGAAGAUGCCCUUGGGAAAGCUGAGCAAGCAGCAGAUUGCACGGGGCUUUGAUGCCUUGGAAGCUCUAGAGGAGGCCAUAAAACACCCCACAGGUGGUGGCCAGAGCCUAGAGGAGCUGUCCUCCAGCUUCUACACCAUCAUCCCACACAGCUUCGGCCGCAGCCGGCCCCCGCCCAUCAACUCCCCUGAGAUUCUUCAGGCCAAGAAGGACAUGCUGCUGGUGUUAGCAGACAUCGAGCUGGCCCAGACCUUGCAGGCAGCCCCUGGGAAGGAGGAGAAAUUGGAAGAAGUGCCACACCCACUGGACCGAGACUACCAGCUCCUCAGGUGCCAGCUUCAACUGCUGGACAGUGAGGGGCCCGAGUACAAGGCAAUUCAGACCUACCUGGAACAGACUAGCAACAACUACAGAUGCCCUGCUCUACAACACGUUUGGAAAGUGAACAGAGAAGGGGAGAAAGACAGGUUCCAGGCCCACUCCAAACUGAGCAACCGGAGGCUGCUGUGGCAUGGCACCAAUGUGGCCGUGGUGGCUGCUAUCCUCACCAGUGGGCUCCGAAUCAUGCCGCACUCUGGUGGCCGUGUUGGCAAGGGUAUCUAUUUUGCCUCAGAGAACAGCAAGUCAGCUGGCUAUGUUACUGCCAUGCGUUGUGGGGAGCACCAGGUAGGCUACAUGUUCCUGGGCGAGGUGGCCCUGGGCAAAGAGCACCACAUCACCAUCGAUGACCCCAGCUUGAAGAGUCCACCCCCUGGUUUUGAUAGUGUCAUCGCCCGAGGUCAAACAGAACCUGAUCCCACCCACGACAUUACACUAGAACUGGAUGGGCAGCAGGUAGUGGUGCCUCAAGGCCGACCUGUGCCAUGCCCAUCGUUCAAAAGUUCCUGCUUCAGCCAGAGUGAGUACCUCAUAUACAAGGAGAGCCAGUGCCACCUGCGCUACCUGCUGGAGAUUCACCUCUGAACUGCUUGCCCUCCCCAAGGUCCUGCUAGCCGGGGCCAUGGUCUUAAUCUUCAUGCUCCUCUCUCUGGCUUCCAUACUUCCAUUGGCUUCUCAAGAAUAUAAUGCAUGCCAGGCACACUGGCACACACCUAUAGCCUUAUCUACUCAGGAGCCAGAGCCAAGAAAAGCACUACCCUGGGACUUGGAGACCAGCUUGCGUUACAUAGUAAGACAAGUAUAAAGAAGUGACAAUCUGAGGCAAAGCCAAUUAACAAUGUCCCGAAGCAGGCAAUGGUGAUUCAUGCCUGCAAUCCCAGUACUUGGGAGGCUGAGGCAGGGGAAUCACUGUAGAUCCAAGAUCAGCCUGGGCUAAACAGUGAAUUCCAGGCUAGCCUGAGCUACAGAGUGUGACCCUGCCUCAAAAAUACGAAAGGCAAUGUUCUGGUCAGUGAUGGGCUGCACAUACUAAGAUUGGAUAACCUAAUGACGCUGUUGUCAUCUCAGUCUGUGUAAACAGGCUACACACAACAACAAAAUCACCUAGUGGCACAUUUGCAUCACCGGGAUGAAAUAAAGAUGACUGUGCACCGUCAUUAUCUAUAGUCACUAUGCUGUGUAAUAGAUUCUUGAGCCCAUCUCUCCUGUCUGACUGAAUUCUGUAUACACUUCUUUCUAAGCCCCUUUGUUCUUUACAAGUUCAAUUUUUAUACAAUUUAUUUAUUUUUAUUUUA